AAAAGAAAAUAUUUUCGCUCAAUAAAAUAUAUACGAUUGGAAUUUUUGUGUAAAUAAAGUAUUUUUCAGAAGUGAAUGGCUGAAAUGUCGUUGUAAGAUGGGACGCGAGAACGAGGAGGAGGGGAGCUUUCUUCCACCAGUAGAUACUCAGAGAAGAGAAUCUGAUCUCCAGGCUCGUCUCUUUAGCGCUAACUCAGACAACUUCUCUAGUCAAGAAACUCAGCUCAAUUCUCGUGGAAUCUAUGUAAACAAGACCCGAGCAGAAGACGGAUUAAAAUACUCAAACGCCUUCUCACGAGAUAGGUUUUCAGAAUCUAGUGUAGAACAAGGAAUGGAUACUCUAGAUAUUAAGAAUGAUUUCCAAUUUAUAUAUGAGAAGUCGUGGAGCUGUGAAGAGUGCACAUUAGAAAAUACUAAUCUUAGCAUAUUUUGUGAGGCUUGUGGGAGUUCAAGACCUCAAAAAUCAGGAUGGGAGUGUACUCGAUGUACUAUGUUGAACCAACCUGGUUCGAUUGUUUGUGAAAUGUGUAAUUGUACUGCAGAACAUACUAUAGCUGGUGUAAGGCCAGGGGCUUGGAUCUGUCAGGUCUGUACUUAUGAAAAUUCUCGUCGACGACUUUCAUGUAAAAUGUGCUCAAAUUCUAAACAAUCUGGAGCGAGGGGACAUGUUGGACUAGCUUCUGGUAAAGGAAGUGGACGACCUGAUUCCUCCUCUCUUCUCACCAGGGGUGACACCAGGGAUAUGGAUAUAGUUCGGACAGAGGAAGAAAAGAAAGCUUUGAGUAAAUGGGAACGAAUCGUCAAUGAAUGCCGAAAAGCUGGUCAGCCUUACGUCGACGAUUUGUUUCCACCGACGAAGAAGAGUCUUUAUUAUAACCAGGCUGAACCAACCCUUGACGUUGAACCGUCCAGAAGAUCACACGGUGUAACACAAUGGUUGCGCCCCCAUCAGAUAGUUACCGAGGGGGACAGCAACGUAAAAUGGAGUGUGUUCAGAACCCCUCUUCCUAGCGAUAUAUCUCAGGGUAUACUGGGGAACUGCUGGCUUCUCAGUGCACUGGCAGUUAUCGCGGAGAAUACUCAGUUGGUUGAACGGAUCAUUUCAACCAGAGAGUACUGUGAGGAAGGAGUAUAUCAGAUCAGAUUAUGCAAAGAUGGAUCUUGGCAAACUGUUAUUAUAGAUGAUCUUCUUCCUUGUGAUAAACGUAGACAACUAGUUUACUCUCAGGCUAAACGUAAACAGUUGUGGGUUCCUCUGAUAGAAAAAGCAAUGGCUAAUCUUCACGGAUGCUAUGAAGCUCUCGUGUCAGGUAGAGCAAUAGAAGGGCUUUCUACACUUACUGGUGCACCUUGUGAAUCCGUCCCUUUACAGGCAAGUUCUCUUCAAUCUCCCGAUGAUGAUCUUGAUACAGAGUUUAUCUGGGCUCAGCUCCUCAGUUCAAGGGAACAGGGUUUCCUGAUGGGAGCCAGCUGUGGAGGGGGGAACAUGAAGAUUGACGAGGAAGAGUUUAGAAGUGUUGGACUGAGACCUAGGCAUGCAUAUUCAGUUCUAGAUGUUAGGGAUCUAUCUGGUAUCCGAUUGUGCCGACUACGGAACCCCUGGGGUCACUACUCUUGGUCCGGGGACUGGUCUGACUACUCUGAUAUAUGGACUCAAGAACUCAGGGAGUUUCUAGGAACACAGGAAAAUGAGGAUGGAGUUUUCUGGAUUUCUUUUACAGACGUUCUUCGAUAUUUUGAUUCUAUAGAUAUAUGCAAGGUUCGGUCUGGGUGGAGAGAGGUUAGAUUAGGAGGUAUACUUCCACCCUUCUCCUCUAAGGAACACCAGACUCCAACCCUGAUUACUGUUCUGGAACCAACAGAAGUGGAGUUCUCAUUGUUUCAAGAGGGGCAAAGAAGUGCUGAGAAGUCCAGCCGUAGUCAGUUAGAUCUGUGUAUUGUUAUAUUCCGAACAUCUUCAAACCAAACUCCAAGGAUUGGAAAACUUGUCCGGCAUAGUAAACGACAGGUUCGUGGAUUUGUCGGGUGUCAUGCUAUGCUUGAGCCCGGCUGUUAUCUAGUUCUUUGUAUGGCAUUCAAUCAUUGGCACACAGAAGUAAGUUUGAAUCCUGUAUACCCUGAAUACGUCCUAGCACUACACUCUAGUAAAAGACUGCUGGUAGAACAGCUCUCCUCAAGCUACCAUCUUCUAGCUGAUGCUAUAAUAAACCUAACUUUAGCAAAAGGUACAAGACACGAAGGAAGGGAAGGAAUGACUGCUUAUUAUCUCACAAAGGGUUGGGCUGGUCUUGUAGUUAUGGUGGAGAACAGGCAUUGUGAUAGAUGGAUACAGGUUAAAUGUGACUGCCAGGAAUCGUACAAUGUUGUAUCUACUCGAGGAGACCUUUGUACAAUGGAUUCUGUUCCACCUUUACAUAGACAAGUUAUUAUAGUGUUAACACAACUGGAAGGUUCUGGAGGAUUUUCUAUAGCACACAGAUUGACUCACAGAGUUUCCAUGCAGAAGGGUUUACAUGACUGGGCAUCUCCUGGGACCGAUAAUAAACCUCCUCUUCGUGAACCCCUAGAUGGAUUACAUGCUCCCCGCCCUCUCUAACCCCUAGAUGGACUACAUGCUCCUUUUAGUGAACCUCUUCCCCCUCUAACCCAUGGAUUACACGCUCCUCGACCCAAACAGGUUCAAGAUAGAUUACAUGCUCCUCUGUCCCUCUAACCCAUGAUCACACGCUCCUCGACCCAAACAGGUUCAAGAUAGAUUACAUGCUCCUCUGUCCCUCUAACCCAUGAUUACAUGCUCCUCUCCCCAUCUAACCACAAGAUGGAUUACACGCUACUCUCCCCCUCUAAUCCAUAGAUUACAUGCUCCUCUCUCCUCUAACCACAAGAUGGAUUACACGCUACACUCUCCCCUCUAAUCCAUAGAUUACGUGCUCCUCUCUCCUCUAACCCCUUGAGGAAUUAGAUGCUCCUCUUUGUGAACCUCUUCCCCCUCAAUCAUGGAUUACUCCCACUCUAACCCAUUGAUUAUAUGUUGUUACCUGAAAA